AUGUGCGGUAAGCCAUGCAGUGGCAAAACAACGUAUGCAAACCAAAUUGCGGAAUACAUACGUGGUAAAAAUAAAGAGGUGACAAUUAUUAAUCUGGAAUCGCUGAAAUUAGAUCGUUCGAGUGCGUAUGGAACUGCUUUCGACGAGAAGAACACUCAUGAAGUAAUAAAAACCCAAGUAUCCCGAAUUCUAAGAAGUGACAAUUACGUUAUUCUGGAUACAAUGAAUUUUAUCAAAGGAUACCGCUACGAGAUGUACUGCAUUGCUCGUUGCUGCAAAUCCACGCGUUGUGUGGUUUGGGUCGAUACUCCUAUCAGUGCGAUCGAGUCUUUCAACCAAUCCUGCUCCCACUACUCCAACGAAGUGCUCCAAGAUCUUGCAUGCCGCUUCGAGCCUCCUUCCCCUCUCACUCGCUGGGACACUCCUCUCUUCCGCGUGUGUGCUGUGGAGGAAUCGUCGAUUUUCGAGAAUCCGGACGCGACAGCGGACAGUUUGCGAUUGGGCCUCGACAAACAGAGCACCGUGAACGUUCCCGUAACCAAGGAAGUACCGAUGGACGCGUUGUGGGAGAGUCUGACGUCGACGAAGUCCAAAUCGAAGCAUGUCGCUGUGAAUCCGCCAGCAGAGCAGCUGAACACUGCGGACUAUGUGGGGUUUGUGAAUAGUAUUACGGAUACGAUCGUGAAGGACAUUAUUAAGGAGCAGACGAUGAAUGGAGGGCUGAUUGGAAGCAAGAUCCAUGUGUCAGGAACGUCGACGUUCGUGGUGCUGAUGAAACGAGUCACGCUGAUGCAGCUGAAGAACUGGAGAAAGCAGUUCUUGAGUAUUAUUUUGAAACAGCAGAUUAAUCAAGACCAAGUGGCUUCAUCUUUCGUUACAUUUAUAAAUACACAAUUGAAGGAAUGGGUUGUUUGA